AAUCCAGUGUGAUUUGAAAACAGAAGAAUAGUCAGUUAAAUUGUUUUAAACACAUGACAAGUUAAUGUGUUUAAAACAGCAAAUCGAUUAAUGUUUCAUGUGUAUGACAGAUAUUCUGCGUCCUACCAUGAUUGUAUUGUUUUUGUUAAAAGUGGGAUUCUUGUGGAAGAUUUUUAUUUUUUUGCCUCAUAGCUCAACAUCAUAUCUGAGAAUUUAAAGCAAAGCAAAGCAGCAUCCUGCACAGUGAUGUUGUAUUUAGAAGGCCUAACAGUAAGUAGGUCCACUGGUUCCCUGGGACCUUUCUGUAUGAGUACUCUGGUUUACUUCCAAAGAUGCGCUUAGAGUUGAUUUUUAACCAAAUCUAAAUUGUUUGGGUGUACCCUUCCUUCUGCCCUGUGACAGCUGGGAUAUGCUCCAGUGUUCCCUGCACCCCCAUUAUGCUUAAUUGGAGGAUUGGAAGAAGAUAGAUGGAAAAUAAAGGAGUGACAGUAUUAUUUUUCACCACUAGCUGGUGCCACUGAUUCACUGUUACUUCCAUUACUAGUUAAUUUUUAAUUUUUUCGUAUUAAAUUCUCAAAGGUGGGUAAAGGUAAACAGGUCUUUGCUGUCCGACAUGCACAAUAAGGCACCACUGUUCAGGUGAAGUUACAAAGGCUUUACAGUGUGGAUUCUUCCUUUAUUACUGCGAUUACUCAGAAAAACCGAAAGCCUAAUGCACAAACAUCCUAAAUGGAUAUUUGUUUAGCUGGUUAGUCAGAUUACUGUGUCUCUUUAUUACAAAAACUAAUAAUUCUGCCACAUGUACAGAUCAAGAGUUUGGACACACUGGACGAUCUGUUUUUCAGUAAGUUGAGCCUUUUUCACCUCAGUGAACCACGAGACUGUACCUUCUACCAAAGCUUCUUUCGGCUGCUCCCUCAUUCACACGGGGUCGUCACAGUGCACUGACUGUCAGACUUCAUCUGACAGAUGUUCACACCAGAUGUUACUUUGCUACUUGUUGUAUUGUUAAGGAUAAAACGUCUCAGAGAGACAGAGUGAGCAGGAUGAGAUUUCUGACUUCCAGACAUCACUGAUGUUUGGUUAUACGUAUUUAGGACAAAUUUUCCAAAAUACAUUCAUGCAUAGUUAAGCACACUGGCUUCAAGUUCACUGUGUACAACAGUCAAAUUCACUUGUUAUUUAUUUCUUUAUUAAACAUGUCUCAGAUAAUGAAAAAUAAACUUUUAGUAUUGUAGUCAGAGCUCAUACUUGGAUGGAGGAACAAAAGGGACGCAUCAAGUUAUUUCUACCCUGGGGCCAUUGUUUUACACCAUGCAUGUAUUACUAUGAUGUUAAUGCUAAUGACUAAACACUACUGUUGACAGAAAGUCAGGACCAGUGUGCUUUGGUUUUCAACCUGAAAUGCAGAAUUAAUUUGAGCUUCCUGGAUGAUGCAACACAACAACCUCGUUGCCAGAGUCAGACUAUAAAAGAGAAAAAAACAUUUCCCUCUCUGUGUCUCAGACUGAAGGAAGCUUGAAGCAAAGUGGAGACUUUAACAAGAGGAACAACGUGUUGAGUGUCAGCAUGGAAGAAUUACUGGCUCCUUUAAGGCAGGCUGUGCGGGAACAGGGGGACUUGGUCCGUGAGUUAAGGGAGAAAGGUGCUCCGGAGCAGGAGGUGAGCAAAGCUGCUGCAGAGCUGAAAUCACGGAAAAAGACUCUUGAAGCAAAGGAACUGGCGCUGCAGCCCAAAGAGGACACAGUGGAUCGAGUGAAGAUGGAAGAUACAUUGAAGAGGAGGUUCUUCUAUGAUCAGGCAUUUGCCAUAUAUGGAGGUGUGAGCGGCCUGUACGACUUCGGGCCUGUGGGCUGUGCUCUGAAGAACAACAUCCUGCAGGUGUGGAGGCAGCACUUCAUCCAGGAGGAGCAGAUCCUGGAGAUCGACUGCACCAUGCUGACCCCCGAGCCCGUCCUCAAGACUUCUGGGCAUGUGGAUAAAUUUGCUGACUACAUGGUGAAAGAUGCCAAGACAGGCGAAUGCUACCGAGCAGAUCAUCUUCUGAAAGCUCACUUAAAGAAACUGAUGUGCGAGGAGAAGUGCUCAGUGGGGCAGGUGAAUGAAAUGGAGGAUGUCAUCACACAGAUGGAUAACUACGCUCAGCAGGAGCUGGCCGCUCUGUUUGUGAAAUACAACGUCAAGUCUCCUGCCACAGGAAAUGACCUCACACCUCCCGUCUCCUUCAACCUCAUGUUUCAGACGUCCAUCGGUCCUGGAGGGAACAUGCCUGGCUUCCUGCGACCUGAAACAGCUCAGGGGAUGUUCCUCAACUUCAAACGUCUGUUGGAGUUCAACCAGGGAAAGCUUCCCUUUGCUGCUGCUCAGAUCGGAAACUCCUUCAGGAAUGAAAUAUCUCCUCGCUCUGGACUCAUUCGUGUUAGGGAGUUCACCAUGGCUGAGAUUGAGCACUUUGUGGACCCAAAUGAGAAGGUCCACCCUAAAUUCUCCAAUGUGGCCGACCUGGAGAUCAUGCUGUUCUCCUCCAAGGCUCAGACAAGUGGACAAUCAGCACAGAUGAUGAGGCUGGGAGACGCUGUGGAGCAGGGAGUCAUCAACAACUCUGUGCUGGGCUACUUCAUUGGAAGAAUCUACCUGUAUCUGAUCAAAGUGGGACUGUCCAAAGACAAAGUGCGCUUCCGUCAGCACAUGGAAAACGAGAUGGCUCAUUACGCAUGUGACUGCUGGGAUGCUGAGUCCAAAACCUCCUAUGGCUGGAUUGAAAUUGUGGGUUGCGCGGAUCGCUCCUGUUACGACCUUUCGUGUCACUCCAGAGCUACCAAAGUCCCUCUGGUGGCAGAAAAGACGCUAAAAGAGCCCAAAACAGUAAAUGUCUUCCAGUUUGAGCCCAACAAAAGUGCCAUUGGAAUGGCCUACAAAAAGGAUGCCAAGCUGGCUCUGGAGUACCUGGCUGUCUGUGAUGAAUGCUACAUCAGCGAUCAGGAAAAGCUUCUCAGUGAAACAGGGGAGUUCAGCUUCGAGACAGACGGCAAAACCUUCAAACUCACCAAAGACAUGGUCAGUGUGAAGAGGUUCCAGAAAACCCUGUAUGUGGAGGAGAUUACUCCCAAUGUAAUUGAACCCUCUUUUGGAAUCGGCAGAAUCAUGUACUCGAUCUACGAGCACUCAUUCCACAUCCGGGAGGGGGAUGAACAGAGGACGUAUUUCAGCUUUCCAACCAUUGUGGCUCCGUACAAAUGCUCCAUCCUGCCUUUGAGCCAGAACCAGGACUUUGUGCCAUUUAUCCACCAGUUAGCUGAGGCUAUGACCAGAAACGGUGUGUCUUACAAAGUAGACGACUCUUCAGGGUCCAUCGGGAGGCGCUACGCGCGGUCAGAUGAGAUCGGUGUGGCGUUUGGAAUCACCAUCGACUUCGACACAGUGAACAAGACGCCUCACACAGCCACUCUGAGAGACCGUGACUCGAUGAGGCAAAUCAGGGCCGAGAUCACAGAGUUGCCAGACAUUGUACAAGAUCUGGCUAAUGACACCUUGAAGUGGGCCGAUGUGGAGAGCAAGUACCCCGUCUUUGAAGGACAGGAGUCCAGCAAGAAGGAGUAACCCUCCAUCCACCCAUUCAUGUCACGAAGUGGGACACUCUGGACAGGUCGCCAGUCUGAAGGCGGAACCAAGAAAAUAAAUAAAUAAAUCAAAUACAGUAUUAUUUCCUAUUUUUAUGAACACACUGGGAAUUGUGAAUUUAAUAGUCUUGUGUGUAGAGAAAUGUGAUUUUCCUUCACAUUUAUGAUGUGUUAGCUUCUUGGAUUUUAUCUGCUCAGGCGUAAAUUUCAGAGAUGAGGUAUUCAGCAGCCUCUGCAGACUCAGAUGUGCCACACAGAGUGAGAAGAGCACACUAAACAUGCUGCAGGGUUAACAAAGUCCCCAAAGGCCUAUCUCCAACAGUGUUGCUCAAGCAAAUUACCAACUGACAUGUUGAACUGUUCCUAUGAAAGAGGAGAACUGUUUAAUAAUCUAUAAUUUUCUACACUGUCACCUUUGAUUGGCCCUGCCAAAUAAACAACAAAAUGUUUGUCCUACAGUUCCUUUCAUUUGCAGCUUAAAUGACAAACUGUAUGGUAUUUUGCAAUAUUGUCACUAGUUGGCACUGCGUGUGGUUUUAUAGCUCCCAGUGAGCUGUUGUUAGAAUCUGAGACAUGGAGCUUCAAGCUGCUCAAAUUUGCAGGAGGCUUAGACCAUCCCAAAACAGACCUGGCAACAUGUAGAAUGGAAAAAUUUUUUACAGAUAAAAUAUAUGGGUCUUCUUUUUUUUGACAGUAAAAAUAGUUCCUCAAAUCUUCAAAGUAUGUUAUGUUAAGCAGUGUGAUGCAAUGCAGACAUAAGUACAUGUAACUACGUAAAUAUAAUGAGGGCUUCAUGCUGUAUUUAACUUCAGACUUUUCAGUAUUAAAUAUGAAAAUAUC